AUGCAUGUUCUCAUCACAGGCGCUGCCGGCUUCAUCGGCCAAUUGCUCGCAAAAGAGCUUCUCAAUGACCCUUCAUAUACCCUCAUCUUGACCGAUAUCAAUGAACCACCAAUUCCGGCCGGUGUCAAGUAUCCUCAAAAUGCGCGAACGAUCACGGCGGACCUCCUUAAGGCGGCAGAUACUGUGGUGGAUAAGUCCCUGGACGCCGUCUAUGCAUUCCAUGGCAUCAUGUCAUCUGGGUCGGAAGCCAACUUUGAUCUCGGCAUGACUGUCAAUGUCGAUGCUACUCGCAAUCUUCUCGAGGUCCUUCGCUCAACUUGCCCAGGAGUCAGGGUGAUAUACUCCUCCAGUCAAGCCGUAUAUGGCUUACCGCUGCCCGAAGUGGUGGAUGACACUGUUAUUCCAACACCCCAAUCAUCCUACGGUGCGGAGAAGAUCAUCUGCGAGACUCUCGUCAAUGAGUACACACGACGCGGUUUUAUCACCGGCUUCACUCUCCGAUUUCCUACAAUCUCGGUACGCCCAGGCCGCCCAACUGCCGCAGCUUCCUCUUUCCUCUCUGGCAUGAUCCGGGAGCCGCUGAAUGGCGAAGAGUGCGUCAUUCCGCUGGAAGAUCGGUCCUUCAAAUCGUGGUUGUGCUCGCCUAAGACCCUGGUCCAUAAUUUGAUACUCACAUUGUCGCUACCCGCCGAUUCGCUCCCAUCACAUAUUCGGCAAAUCAAUGUGCCCGGAAUCUGUGUCACUGUCCAGGAAAUGAUGGAUGCGCUAGCAAAGAUAGGAGGCGAAGACAAGUUGGCUCUUCUGAAAGAGAAAGAGGACCCUACACUAAGGCCAAUCCUCGACUCUUGGCCGACACGGUUUGAUAAUACACAAGCAAUCUCUCUGGGGAUGAAGCGCGACAGCUCGUUUGAGGAGGCAGUCAGAGAUUAUCAGCUUUCUCUCAGUCAGUGA